UAGCGAUUUAUAGCAGCAAUAGAAGUAUACCACCCAGGAGGGCACACCUCCUUCCACCCAGGAACUUAUAAAUGUCAAGGAAUUUCUACUGAAAUUGAGAGGAACCUGCACAAUGGGGAUCUCCACGGUCAUCUUCCAAAUAUGUCUUUUAUGGGGUCAAGUUCUUUCUUCAGAUUCUCAAGCAAGCUAUACAACACCUGAUGUUACCUAUGAGACUACAGGCUGGACCACAGAAGAGAUCACCACUCCAGAGCCGACUACCACUGCAGUGCCGCCCAGCACUCUACCAAUAGGAACAGGGUUUGAUUUCGCUGUGAGGCUGGUGAAUGGAGGAGACCGGUGUCAGGGUCGUGUGGAGAUCUUUUACCAGGGUUCCUGGGGCACCGUGUGUGACGAUGGCUGGGACCUGUAUGAUGCCGAUGUGGUAUGCAGACAGCUGGGCUGUGGCUGGGCAGUGUCUGCCCCUGGAUAUGCCCAGUUUGGACAGGGCUCUGGGCCCAUUGUCCUGGAUGACGUGGCCUGCACAGGGCACGAGUACUAUCUGGCAAGCUGCUCCCACCAAGGCUGGCUCUCCCACAACUGUGGACACUCGGAGGACGCUGGCGUCAUCUGCUCAGAUUCUCAAGCAAGCUAUCCAACAUCUGAGCCGACCACUACAGAGCCUUCCACCACCCCAGAGGUGACCACCACUCCUCCUGACACAACUGUAGGGUUUGAUUUGCCUGUGAGGCUGGUGAAUGGAGGAGACCGGUGUCAGGGUCGCGUGGAGAUCUUGUACCAGGGUUAUUGGGGCACCGUGUGUGAUGACAGCUGGGACACCAAUGAUGCCAAUGUGGUGUGCAGACAGCUGGGCUGUGGCUGGGCCGUGUCUGCCCCCGGAAAUGCCCGGUUUGGACAGGGCACAGGGCCCAUUGUCCUGGAUGACGUGGCCUGCACAGGGCACGAGUACUAUCUGGCAAGCUGCUCCCACCGAGGCUGGCUCUCCCACAACUGUGGACACCAGGAGGACGCUGGCGUCAUCUGCUCAGCUUCUCAAUCAAGCUCUCCAACACCUGAUUAUCCAUACCAAGAUCCAACAAUAAAUGAUGAUAUCUAUGAGACUACAAGCGUGCCCACAGAAGAGAUCACCACUCCAGAGCCGACUACCACUGCAGUGCCGCCCAGCACUCUACCAAUAGGAACAGAAAUUGAUUUGUUUGUGAGGCUGGUGAAUGGAUCAGACAGUUGUCAGGGUCGCGUGGAGAUCUUGUACCAGGGUUAUUGGGGCACCGUGUGUGAUGACAGCUGGGACACCAAUGAUGCCAAUGUGGUGUGCAGACAGCUGGGCUGUGGUUGGGCUGUGUCUGCCCCCGGAUAUGCCUGGUUUGGACAGGGCACAGGGCCCAUUGUCCUGGAUGACGUGGACUGCAGAGGGUAUGAGUACUCUCUGGCAAGCUGCUCCCACCGAGGCUGGCUCUCCCAAAACUGUGGACACCACGAGGACGCUGGAGUCAUCUGCUCAGCUUCUCAAUCAAGCUCUCCAACACCUGAUUAUCCAUACCAAGAUCCAACAAUGAAAGAUGUUAUCUAUGAGACUACAAGCAUGACCACAGAAGCGGAGACAACGCCAUACCCGACUAUUGCUGAUUGGUUUACUGAAACUCCUCCCAUUGUAAACUAUACCUGCGGAGGUUUCCUGACCGGGUACUCUGGUAUCAUUUCUAGUCCAUUCUAUCCCGGGAAUUAUCCUAAUAACGCCAGAUGUGUGUGGAACAUUUUGGUCCCAACCAACAACUAAGUGUCUCUAAACUUCAUGGAUGUGCAGCUGGAAGGAGGCUGCAGCUUUGACUACAUCCUGCUUUUUGAUGGCCCUGAAUACAAUUCUUCUCUCAUUGCUCGCGUUUGUGAUGGGGCCCGUGGCACUUUCACCUCCACACGGAACUUCAUGUCUGUAGUCUUCAUCACUGAUGGCAGCGUCACCAGGACAGGGUUCCGGGCUAGCUACGUGUCCGUCUAUGUCCCUUCCACCACUUGGUGGACCACAACAACUCCUUACGAUGAUUGGUGGAAUACAAGUCCUUCCUAUGCUUGGUGGACCACAACAACUCCUUACGAUGUCAACUAUACCUGCGGAGGUUUCCUGACCCAACCCUUUGGAAACUUUUCCAGUCCAUUCUACCCAGCUAACUAUCCUAACAAUGCCAGAUGUGUGUGGAACAUUGAGGUCCCGAACAACUACCGUGUGACUCUGGUCUUCAGAGAUGUGCAGCUUGAGGGGGGCUGCACCUACGACUACAUUGAGAUCUUCGACGGCCCCCACCACAGUUCUCCUCUCAUCGCUCGCGUUUGUGAUGGGGCCCUGGGCUCGUUCACUUCUACAUCCAACUUCAUGUCAGUGCGCUUCAUCAGUGACCACAUUAUUACCCGGAGAGGGUUACAGGCCGAGUACUACUCAGACUUUGCCAAUAACAUCACCAGUCUCCUCUGUUUGUCAAAUCACAUGCGAGCCAGUGUGAGCAGGAGCUACCUUCAGUCCCUGGGCUAUUCUGCUGGAGAGCUUGUCAUUCCUGGUUGGAAUUCAAGUUACCAGUGUCGGUCCCAGAUAACCCAGAGGCAGGUCAUAUUCACAAUUCCCUACACGGGCUGUGGCACUACCAAACAGACUGACAAUGAGACCAUCAACUACUCCAACUUCCUCAAAGCGGCGGUUUCAAAUGGCAUCAUCAAGAGGAAGAAGGACCUCCACAUCCAUGUGAGCUGCAAGAUGCUUCAGAACACCUGGGUCAACACCGUCUACAUCACCAACAACACCGUCGAGAUCCAAGAAGUCCAGUACGGCAAUUUCGAUGUGAACAUCUCCUUUUAUACAUCUUCCUCCUUCCUGUAUCCAGUGACCAGCAGCCCAUACUACGUGGAUCUGGACCAGAACUUGUACCUUCAGGCUGAAAUCCUCCAUCCUGAUUCCUCCCUGGCCUUGUUUGUGGACACCUGUGUGGCUUCACCAUACCCUAAUGACUUCUCGUCUUUGACAUAUGAUCUCAUCCGGAGUGGAUGCGUGAGAGAUGAAACUUACCAACUCUACUCCUCACCGACGCCACGCAUCGCCCGCUUCAAAUUCAGUUCCUUCCACUUCCUGAACCGCUUCCCCUCGGUGUAUCUGAAGUGUAAGCUGGUGGUGUGCAGAGCCUAUGAUUUCUCUUCCCGGUGCCAGAGAGGCUGUGUGGUGAGGUCCAAGAGAGACGCUGGCUCCUACCAAGAAAAGGUGGACGUUGUCCUGGGACCCAUCCAGUUGCAAUCCCCCAACAAAAAUAAGAGGAGCCUGGACUUGGCAGUGAAGGAUGUGGAGAAGCCAGUUAACGCCCAGGCAGCCUAUCCCACCCCUGCCAUCUUUGGCGGAAUCUUCCUGGCCGUGGUCCUAGCUGUGGCCGCCUUCACGCUGGGAAGGAAGACACGCGGUGCCCGUGGCCAACCUCCAAGCACUAAGAUGUGAAGUAAAGCGCACCCAGGCAUUGAUUCCACGUGCCCGGAUUCCCAGAAAAGACGGAAGGAAUGAGCCUGUGAUGCUUUGCUCCUGGAUACAAUGCGGCUAGGUUUUUCCUUAGCACGAAUGCAUGGCAAAGUAUGUUGAGACGGCAGAGGAGAAAGGUGGGGGGCCAAGUUCCCCCAGCGUCUACAGGCUGAAGGCUGGGAAGGACAUAGCAGAACGAGACCACUGUCGACAACCCCCCACACCUAGGAGCCAAACACUGGGGCACCAGUGAUUUCUCUAGCUAGUUCCCCUUCCCCAUUUUAUAGCCAACUUUCUCAACCUGUAGUGUCAAUCACUCUCAGUCUGUCCUCAUAAUGAGGCAAACUAAAUAAAGACUCUUUUUCAAGGCAA